AUGCAGAUUAUUACAGUUACUGCUGCCCUUUUUGCCUCCUUGGCAUUAGCUCGAGACUUCACCUUGUAUGACAAUUCCUACUUCGGGGGUGCCUCGCAUAGGGAGACACGAAAUGACGACGAUGCCUGCUGGAAUAUGAAUGGAAAAGGUGACCGAGCAAGCUCUGUGAAAGGUUAUGGAUGCACUACCUUCUAUCGGGAACGUGAUUGCAAGGGAGACAAAUGGGAGAAUGUUCAUGAUGCAAGCACUGUCCCUUCUUUCCUCAAUGACCAUAUCUGGUCAUUCCGCAACAAAUGCAAAUGCGAUUACAAGGCCCGGGACACGUGCGUUACGGCCUGUGAGUGGGCUUGCGGAGUCAACAACCCUUUGCCGCAGAUUUGCCGAUCCAAGUGUUUCCCUAACUGUCGUGAUGGUGCUGGGUGCGUAUAG